GCGCUCUCUCUCUCGCGCUCGCUCGCUCUCUCGCGCUCUCUCUCUCGCUCGCUCUCUCUCGGCUCAGCCUCUUUCCCUCCCUCUCCCUCUGUGAGCUAGUUAUUCAUCCACUGUAUGAGUCAGGGAGGGUGGGGAUUCGGAAGACUGCUGUACCAGUCACACUUUGUUAGUUUACUUUCUCGUUCCCUUACCCCAUCUCCUUCUCUCUCCCUUUCUCCCUCUCGCUCCGCUUCUUUCUCUCCCUCUCUCCGCUUUCUCUCUCUUUUUGCUGCCACCCGUCCUCCCUUGUAGUUCGCAGAGAGGCUUUGACGUGCUGCGAAAGUGAAAUCCAGUCUGACGUUUGUUGAUUUAAGGGGACACUUCCUGUCUCAACAAGAUAAUUGGGUCACAGCAAUACAAGACGGCCACUAUGUUUCGGGAGAUACAGGAGAUUGGCUCACAUGCCAUGGACAUCUAUGACUUCCUCUUGGCAGGAAUUGAUCCACGUCUGAAGGAAUAUCCAUUGAUGCAGAGUCCUAUUCCCAUGACCGCGAUACUGCUGUCCUACCUCGUCUUUGUACUGUACCUUGGACCUCGUUUAAUGGCCAAUCGCAAACCAUUCCAGCUCAAGGAAGCUAUGAUAGUGUACAACUUUGUGCUAGUGGGGUUGUCAGUAUUCAUUGUGUAUGAGUUCUUGAUGUCCGGCUGGGCCACAACAUACACAUGGAGAUGUGAUGCAAUCGAUACCUCCGACAGUCCUCAAGCUCUACGAAUGGUUCGAGUGGCCUGGCUGUUCUGGUUCUCCAAGAUCGUUGAGCUGAUGGACACAAUGUUCUUUGUAUUGAGGAAAAAACACGGACAGAUAACCUUCCUGCACAUCUUCCAUCACUCUUUCAUGCCCUGGACCUGGUGGUGGGGAGUCGGCUAUGCUCCUGGUGGAAUGGGAUCUUUCCAUGCCAUGGUAAAUUCCUCCGUCCAUGUCAUCAUGUAUUUCUACUACGGCCUCGCUGCUGCUGGACCACAAUUCCAGAAGUUUUUGUGGUGGAAGAAAUACAUGACUGCCAUUCAGCUGACCCAGUUCGUCCUGGUAUCUGUCCAUGCCACCCAGUAUUACUUUAUGGACAGCUGCGACUACCAGUUCCCGAUGAUCAUCCACCUCAUCUGGAUGUACGGAACCUUCUUUUUCAUCCUCUUCUCCAACUUCUGGAUCCAGGCUUACGUCAAGGGUAAGCGGUUGCCAAAGCAGGACGUUAAGCAGUGUCAGAACGGCACAGAGGCUUAUACAAAUGGCACAGCAGCGCACACGACUGGCAAAUGCCACAAGAAUGGCACCAGCAACGGCAUCAGCAGCACCAGCAACGGCUCCACUCACCACGAGAACGGCAGCACUCACAUGGGCAAGAUGAAGAAGGCUUAGGAACUGUUGAAGGAAACACCCAAGAAGUAUGACCCAGUGAACCUGUUAAAACUAGUACGGAUUCCAAAGAAAAUUUUGGCUGUUUCUUUUAUGUUUUUAGUUUUUUUAUGCAAAACAUGGGAGAACAACGUGGUUGAUGAUUUCCACAGCCGGGGUCCUCCAUUUGGUUUGGUUUUUUUUGCAUUGGUGAACCAUCACAAUGAAUGAAGAGAAGAUGUUUUGACCUAAAUGUUCUUCACUGAUGUUGCAAACAACCUCCUAGUUUAAUUUCACCCUGGUGGCCUUUUCACCCCACUUCUCUUCACCGUUUGUGACCCUCACUGACCCCACUGUGGACAGAUGACUGUACAGUUUCUAUUAAACUUGAAAGUACAUUUUGUAAAUAGUUUCACAGCAACCAACAAAAAUAACUAAUUGUAUCAAUAUGCUUUAGACUUUCUAAAUUUUGUUACGUUGUGUAUUUAAAAAUAAAAUGCCAAUAAAUUCAACUUUAAAUUAUCUUUA